AUGGCGUCUGACCAAAUCCUAGCGUUGGCUCUCACCCCUUUUGGGAAACCCAUGAGAGAGAAAUACUUUCUUUUCGCAAAAGAUUAUACCAACGUAAAUCAAGGUUCCUUUGGAGGCUACUCUAGCCCAGUCCGCAAUGCGGAGCCAGACCGGUUCAUACGCUACGUGGUCCCCGACAUCCUCCGUCGCAGUCGGUCUCUCCUUGCAGACUUUAUGAGAUGCCCAAUGGAUGAGCUGGUCCUCUGCCCCAACGUGACGACAGCUACAAACACUGUGUUGUUGAACAUUCGAUGGGAGGAUGGCGACAAAAUUGUGUACACAUCGGGCGUCUACGGUGCUCUCGCAAAGACCAUCGAAGCCGUGAUAGAAGCCCAGCCUUCUGUCAUUGGCGUGUCCGGGGUCAAAUUGCAGCUUGAUCUGCCACUGGUGUCUGAGAAGAUCGUGGCCUUAUUUAGAGAGGCCAUGCAGAACGAAAAGCUCAAGUGUAAGCAGGUUGGUAAGGGGCGUGUUCGCUUGGCUGUCUUCGACACAAUUAUCAGCCUACCCGGACUUAUGAUACCAUUUGAGGAGAUGGUGCGAGUCUGCCGUGAAGAGGGCGUUUUCAGCAUGAUAGACGCGGCACAUGGAAUUGGGCACAUACCGCUCAAUUUGGGCAAGCUUGACCCAGACUUCUUUGUCACCAACUGUCAUAAGUGGCUCUUUAUCCCCCGUUUCGUCGCUGCUUUCUACGUCCCAAAAAGAAACCAACACAUGAUUCGGACAACACUAACAACCUCCCAUGGGUUUCGACCACCUGCAGCACGUCAGGUGUUUGAUCCUAUGCCCUCAUCAGGAGAGACGAACCCGAUGGUGAAGCAAUUCGAGUACUUCGGAACCAUCGACAAUGCGCCUUACUGCUGCAUCGAGACGGCUUUGAACUUUCGUGAGAAGUUUUGCGGGGGAGAAGACGCUAUCUGGACCUACUGUACGGAUCUCGCCCGCGAAGCUGGGAGGAUUUUGGUGGAGUCUCUGGGAACCGAGACCUUUGGAAUUCCAGAGGAGGAACGCGUCUUCUUUGCGCAUGUUAGGCUGCCGGUAAAGGUCGGAGACGAUGCGAGUGCCGCUCAUGUCAGUUUGAGUGACGUGCCAGCUGUCACUGAGUGGAUCAACCGGCAAUUCGUUGAAACAUACCUGACGUAUCUGUCCUUGCUUUUCUAUCGUGGCUCCUGGUGGGCUAGAUUGAGUGUGGCUGUCUACGUUGACAUCGAAGACUGUAGAUACAUCGCCAAGGUGUUGAAAGAGCUGAGCGAGAGAGUUCAGCGAGGCGAGUACAAGCAUUAG